AUGGAGACAGCCAAAGCUGGCGCGACCGUGAAGCAGAAUGGCUUCCAGCUGUGGGAGAAGGAGCUCAUCGAGAGCCCUGAAGUGAGGCGGAAAGCUACUGUGGCUCAACUAUACUUCCUGGACUAUUACUUUCAAUUACUCGGAUAUCUAGCGGCUCGCAAGGAACGACGGGUCAAGUUCGAUGAGGACACCGCCGCACGACAGCUUACGUCUGCUGAAUACGCCAAGGAGUAUAAGUCGUACUGCGGCAGAGAACGCGUUGUGUUGCGCAAACGCCGGACGAAGUUGAAGGUCGAGCAGUUCCAUAUCAUCGCGCAGGUCGGCCAGGGAGGGUACGGACUCGGGGAGGUUUGUGCUCUGAAGAAGAUGCGGAAGCGAACGUUGUUUAAGAUGGACGAGGUCCGUCACGUCCUUGUAGAACGGGACAUUCUCACCGCCACAAAAACACCGUGGCUUGUGCGCUUGCUAUAUGCUUUCCAAGAUCCCGCGCAUGUGUAUCUCGCCAUGGAGUACGUGCCAGGAGGAGACUUCCGAACGUUGCUCAACAACUCGGGUGUCCUGAAAGAAGAACACGCUCGAUUCUACAUCGGCGAGAUGUUCGCCGGUGUCAACGAGUUGCACAAGCUAGGAUACAUCCAUCGGGACCUUAAGCCAGAGAACUUUCUGGUCGACGGAACAGGACAUGUGAAGUUGACCGACUUUGGUCUCGCCACUGGUGCGCUGAACCCCCAACGCAUCGAGUCUCUCAAGGUGAAACUCGACAAAGUCAAAGACAACCAGAUCAUCCACAGGUCAACGAUGGAGAGACGUUCGAUCUAUCGAUCCAUACGCAACCAAGACCCGCGUUACGCAGACUCGAUCGUCGGAUCGCCGGACUACAUGGCCCCGGAAGUGCUACGGGGCAAACCGUACACGUUUUCCGUGGACUACUGGUCCCUAGGCUGCAUCCUCUUCGAGUUCCUGUCCGGCUUCCCCCCGUUCAGCGGCAGUACGCCCGAAGAAACAUGGACGAACCUUAAGAACUGGACCAAAGUUCUCCGCCGCCCCGAGUACGACAAGCCAGAGGAUCUCAUCUUCAACCUCACCGACACCGCCUGGGAUGCUGUGACGCAGCUCAUCGCACACGCAAGCGCGCGGUACUCCACGCUCUCCCAGGUCGCGGACCAUCCCUUCUUCGAGGGCUUGCAAUGGGAGAACCUGCGCGCGGUGAAGGCGCCGUUCGUCCCCGCGCUCGACUCGGAGAUCGACACGGGGUACUACGACGACUUCACGUCGGCCGAGGACAUGGCGAAGUACGCCGAGGUGCGCGAGAAGCAGCGCAACGUUGAUCGCGUCAGGGAGAAGGAGGAGCCCUUCGCGCGGGGCGUGUGGGUCGGCUUCACGUUUGGGAAGAACGGGCCGAACUCCAAGGCGUUUAUGCUGGAGGGCUCGGACGACCACGGUGAACUCGCGACUAUCUUUUGA